CGUUGAUCGCGUCGCUCCCAGUCUCUCGUUUCUCAUCGUGUUCGUGCAACUCCCCCCCGUGGGCCGCCCGUUCUGUUGGUCUUGUUGGCGACAACAUCUCCUCAACGUCAAAUCAAAUCGUCAUUGUCAGCAUCCGUUGCCUUUCAUGACGGAGAGAAUCGAUUAGGUUCACUGCUAGGCAUCAUAGGAGCGAUCACUCUUGUCUGGCCCCACCAUCAUGGCGCAACAAUCUUCCAAGCCGAAAUGGAAGGUCGGAUCCUUCCUGCAGCAAGCAGUCGCCGGCGUAGAGUCGAGACUGGACCUGAUUUUGGCGGAAGAAGAUGAGCAACAACAGUCGCAAUCGAAAUCCGCGACGGCAAAGCCCAACCAGAGCGGCAAUCUCUCUCGGAGUUCAUCCAAUGCCCGCAAAAACGAUCGCCUUCAAGAACGUUUAGCUCGUGCCGUCGUAAAGAACAAUGCGCCGGGAAAUGUCAGCUCAUCCUCCCCGCCAAGCCGCGUCACUUCGCCCGUCUCGAGUCUGGCCGCCAGCAACGAUGCGCGUUCGAGUUUGGAUGUCGAAUCGAAUUCCGGGAUCCCCGAUAAAGCCGACGAACUUCCUCAAAGCUCUCCUCCCCCACAAGAAGAAACGGUCGACGCUAGGACAAGCCAUGACUCGAGCGUUCCUUCACGAACCUCGAAAGAGAUCGUCGCUUCGUCUGUUGACGAUGUUGCACCGGCGGAUAGCGGCGCUGAGAAUGUUAUCGAAAACUCGAAAGAUGCGGAUGGCCCUGAAAUCCCACCCGCCGAUGAACCCACCAAAAUUUCCCGGCCUUCACAGGAUCUCGUUGCACCCAAUACGGACACAGCGGUCAAUGGCGAUGAGAAAACGGUCGCACAAUUGCGGGAGGAACACAAAGCGGCCGAAUCGCGCUGGCAGGAAGAGAUGUACGGAUACAUCGAGCGAAUCGAUGCCUUGCAGUCUAAACUAAAGUAUCUUGCGAAAGACGCUGCAGACUCGGCUAAGAAGGCGGCCGCCACAGCGGGCCCUGGUAGUGUCGAGAAGCAACUGCGAGAAAAGGACGAGAGAAUCGCAUUGCUACUAGAGGAAGGACAGAAACUUUCAAAGACCGAGAUGGACCACCGAACGGCAAUUAAGAAGCUCCGUCAGCAAUUAUCGGAAAAUUCCAAGCUCCAGACGGAACAGAAAAAAAAGACCGACCGACUGGAAAGGGAUCUGGCCAACUCAGAGGCGCGGGCCAAGCGAGCGGAGGCGGCGGAGAAAAGGGCAAACGGUUCCCUCACUUCGCAGUCUAAGAUCUCCCGAGAUCUCGAUGCAGUCACUUCCGAGCGGAACGCGCUAACUCAGACCGUCGAGGAGAUGAAAGGUCAGCUUGCCAGAGCGGUCGCGCGUGCCGAGGCCGCCGAGGAAAAAGCACACUCAGACGCCUUGGAACAGGAAAAGCGACAUGCAUCCGCACUGGAAGAGGAGCUGGCCAGUACCAAGAUUGAGCGUGACAUCAGCGAGGAGAAACUGAGGAGAGAGAUCAGCGACCUGAAGGAGACCAUUGGACAAGAAAAGGAGAGAGCUCGCAUGCUCGAAGCCGAGCUAAAGGGUGAGCAGUCAAUCUUGGAGAGUAAGAUGGAAUCGCUGCGUUCGAAGGCGGAGGAAGCUUCGUCCGGUGUCGCCGGUGAUACGCAAGCCAAGCUCCUGCGACAGAUCGAGACACUGCAGACGCAGUAUGCCGUGGCCAGUGAGAAUUGGCAAGCCUUGGAGGGCUCGUUGAUGGCGCGACUAGCCAAUGUCGAGAAGGAGCGGGACGAAGUCGCCAAGCGAGAAGGAGAGAUGCGACGCAAGAUCCGAGAAGUGAGCAUCAAGGUCAAGCGAACCGAAGAGGAACUAGAGAACGCCAAAGAAACCGAGCAGGAUCUGGAAAACAAACUGGAAGAACGCGGCCAAGAGCUGCAAAAGCUCGAGCAGAAGCUGCAGCAAGCCGGUGACGACUUGAAAUCGGCACAGAACGAUCUCGUCGACCAAAAGAAGGUGUGGGAUGCGACAUGGACGCAGAAACUAGAGGAGGAGCGGUCCAAGAUCCGCGAACACUCUCCUUCGCCAAUGCACCUGCUCCGGACAGAAUCCCCCGUUGGCUUUAGUCGCCGAUCGAGUAACCUGGAGCCCGUCGGCUCUCUCUCCGAUCACCGACCCACGAGCCGCCGUCCUUCGACCUUGCAAAUGACCUCGUCGGAAAUGGGCACUCCCCCGCGACAGAACUCCUUCCCAGCUUCCGUCGCAAACAGUGUCUCGAUCCACCAAAUCCCCGAGACUCCUUCGAUUGCCUACGAGCCGGACGAGUUCUUCACCGGGAUAGGCACCCCGUCCGCCCACGGCGGCGCACAGUCACGCGGAAUCAACGACAUCAUCUCCGAGUCGACCGUCGGUGCCGGCCCCUCCGUUCAACUUGUUGAACGCAUGAGCGCCACGGUCCGUCGCCUCGAGAGCGAGCGCGCAGCCUCAAAGGACGAACUUGCGCGGAUCACCACACAGCGCGACGAGGCCCGCCAGCAAGUCGUCGACCUGAUGCGCGAGUCCGAGGAGAAGAAGGAAUCCGACGAUCGGAUCCAAGAACUCGAGAAACGUCUGGAGGAUCUCGACCAGCGGUAUCAGACCACGCUGGAGAUGCUGGGUGAGAAGAGUGAGCAGGUGGAAGAGCUGCAGGCGGAUAUUACCGAUCUUAAGAAGAUCUAUCGUGAGUUGGUCGACAGUACCAUGAAAUGAGCGAUGCGUACUAGACUCUUCAAAGUCUUAAUUUUUGCUGUUCUUUCGUUUUUUGCCUUCUUCUAUUUUUCAUAUUCUUUUCUUCGUGUGUAUAUAUAGCAUUUCACGGUAGACGGGCUCCGAUUUAGACGACGUUAUGUGAUACAGAUUUUUAGUACCGC